AUGUCUCUCGAAACCAUUACUACCAUCUCUCCCACGACUAACCUCCCAGUACUCACCCGGACGGGUGUGUCUGCUGAGGAGCUGAAGCAUAUCCCCCAAGCCGCCCAGGAGGCAUUCCGAUCCUUUUCUCAGUCCACCACCCUCGAACAACGUCAAGAGAUUGUUGCCCGCGCAUUGGGUAUUCUGGAGAAGAAGAAAGAUGUGCUUGCGCGUGAGUUGACCGAGCAGAUGGGCCGGCCCAUUGCCUACACCGAGGUCGAGGUCAACACAGCCAUCAAGCGCAGCCAUUACCUGAACCGUGUGAGCACAUCGAUCUUGGGUGAGGAAGGUAUUGUGCCUGGAGAAGCGGAAAAGGGAUUUAAGCGGUAUAUCAAGCGGCAACCUGUUGGAGUUGCGUUGAUCAUCUUUGCCUGGAAUUAUCCCUACUUGAUUUCGGUCAACAGCUUGAUUCCUGCCAUCCUGGCCGGAAAUGCUGUCAUCCUUAAACCCUCCCCUCAAACCCCGACUAUCGCAGAACACUACGCUGCUGCCUUCGCGGAGGCUGGACUUCCGCAGAACGUGAUCCAGUUUUUCCACUGCGGAUCUCCCACAACACUUGAAGGCGUCGUCCGAUCACCUCUCAUCAACCAUAUCUGCUUUGUUGGCUCGGUGGCUGGUGGUUUGGCGGUCCAGAAGGCUGCUGCUGACAGACUCGUGAACGUCUGUCUUGAGCUGGGUGGCAAGGAUCCUGCAUAUGUUCGGGAUGAUGUGGAUGCUGCCUGGGCAGCAGAGGAGGUUGUGGACGGCGCCAUCUUCAACAGUGGACAGAGUUGCUGUGCUAUUGAGCGGGUCUACGUCAACAAGAACAUUUACGACACUUUCAUUGCUGAGGUCAAGAAGGUCUUGAGCAAUUACCGCGUUGGAGACCCAUCAGACACAAAGACACAGAUCGGUCCUGUCAUCUCCAAGCGUGCAAAGGAGGCCAUCCUGGCGCACGUCGCCGAUGCCGUUAGCAAGGGUGCCAAGGAUGAGACCCCGGCAAACGAGACGUUUGAGAAUUUCCCAACAGACGGUAACUAUGUCAAGCCCACUCUGUUGACGGGUGUGAACCAUGACAUGCUUGUCAUGACCGAGGAGACAUUCGGUCCCGUUAUCCCUGUCAUGAAGGUCGACAAUGAUGAAGAAGCCAUCAAAUUGAUGAACAGCAGCGAGUUUGGUUUGACCGCUAGUGUCUGGACCAAGGAUGUUGCUGGUGCGGAGAAGAUUGUCGACCGCAUUGAAGCUGGAACCGUCUUCAUUAACAGAUCGGAUUACCCAAGCCCGGACCUCGCAUGGACCGGCUGGAAGAACUCCGGGCGUGGUGUAUCACUGAGCAAGUUCGGAUUUGAACAGUUUGUCAAACUCAAGAGCUACCAUGUCAAGGACUACCCCAAAUAA